AUGGGAACUACUCCAGUACUCUUCCCUCAUUGCGAAAUUAACGUGCUCCAACUCCAUGUGGUUGCUGGCGGAUACAGUGUAGUGGGCCUUGGAUCUCCCUUACAGAAAUUGAAGUUGACAUUCAUUGGUGGAGACAGACUCCUUGCUUCUGAUCAGCCAGGAUUGACUUAUAACACACACAUGCAUCUGCACUUUUGUCCGGACAAAAGCCUGGAAGUGACUGCGAGGGGAAAAUUCAUCAACAUAACACAGAAAAACGAACAUGAGCACAAAUUAAAGUCACAAACCUUGGUGCGAAAACAAAAAUGA